AUGAGCAGUCCUAGCAGGUCGGUAGGCUUGAAGCGAAGAGACCUGGUGGCGGUCAACGCUGAUGGGCCUCCGAAUAUAAGUAUACCAUCUUACGGGUCUAUUGGCGGAUGUGAUGGAUGUGGUGGAAGAAAUGAUGCUAGUAAUGCUGUUAUAGCAGAAUCAUCAGCAGCAGCAGGAGCUGGAGGAUAUUUAGGAUCUACAAGAGCAGUCGGACCAAGAGGUUCUGAUGCAGGUGAGGUGCAGGCUCAGGACGUGGUGAUAUUAUCGUCA